AUGGCGUGCUGCUUGAUCUGCGUGAAGGAUGACCCCGUGCCGGGCUCGAAGCUCGACGCCUACUACGGAAACCCCAACCAGUUUCAGAUCGGAAUGAUGGAGGCACCGUGCAAGACCUUCCUAUGGUGUGCCUACGGGAGCCUGUGUUUGGGCUGCGCGCAGUUCGCGGUCAGGAAAAGAGCCUUGGGCGGCAGGCUUGACGACUACGUGUGCUGCCAAGGGUACUUCCCAACGCACUGUUGUGAACCAGGUGACUGCGGCGAGAGACGUUGUCCGUGCUUCUGCCUCUGCAUGGAAUCUUUCUUGUGCCCCAGCUGUGCUGUUAGCUCAAGCAGGAUGUAUCUCAUGGACAAGUUCGAGGUGCAGCCUGACCCAUGGGACAACCGCAUCAUCCGCUUCAACAACUGCCUGCAGCUGCUCUCGUGUAUCUGCCACUGUGCCGCUAUCUUCGUUCAGGACUUCCGCGAGCUGGCGAGGCUCACCGAUGUCCUUGCCAACCUGGUGUACUUGUCUGCGGUCGGCUGUAUGACUGGCCAAAUGAUGGCCGAGAUGGAGUACCAAGAAGGAACCUCACCGGAGGCCCAAUGCAUCACGGGGCGUGAAUACGGCGCCAUGCUCGACCGUGGUAUCAAUUCGAAGGAAGCGAUGGACGAAGGUCGGGGGUAUUGAGUGGACUUGUUUCGGGGACAUGCCUCGUGUUGGCAGGAAGCAUCGCAAACACCAUGCAUUCGCGAAAUUUGGUGGGAUAUUGUGGAGAUGAACCAAAUCCUCAGAAAUCGACCACCAAGCUUCUUGAGUGGUGGCGUUUCCCCGAAACUGAGUAAGUGGUGUUGCCCAACCGCGAAUUCUUUGUAGGCUCUGUUUUAGACUAUCAUGCAGUAGGGUGGGAUAUUUUCUACAGAUCACAUCACUAGAGCUGCUGUACCUGUUUCUCGUAGGUCAAACCCCAAAGGGGUUGGCGUGAGUUGCAUCCCGAUUUCCGUGCUUCUUGUGCAAGACAGGGACUUGAGCGGUUUGAAGUCGGCUUAUCCUGUCGUUGUUGCUCAAGAUAAUGCCAUCAUUUUGAGUCAAGUAUGGCUUGCGUGCAUCCGCUGCUUUAUCUUGACUUGAAGUUGAGUGCGCGCAAAGCCCCCAUUGUUGCCUGCGCUCGACGCUGGACGGCACCCACCGUGGUUUUUCAGUGUUUGGUUGGAGGUCGACUCUUUGUGUUCGAAGGGAUUCCACUACUUGCGCUUUGUGCGAUUGGUGAGGGAAUGUGGUUAUUGACAGCGACUUUCAGAGAGUCGCGGCGCGAGGAGAAAAAUUUGAAUCAAUGGGUGCUCUUUCUGUAAGAUUACCAUCAUCAAUGAAUACUAAUUCAUUGAUUUGACUUUAAGACUAAGGAUUUGAGUAAAUGUUUC